GCAAAUUCCCCGACAAUAACAAAAGAAUGAAAAUCGACGAAUAAAAUAAAUUUCCCGUGACCAAAAGUCCCUGCAGAGUCGUUAUCAUUGGCUCUGUUUCGAAAACAAAUCCAAAGUGAUAGUAUAGAUGUAAUUUUUGGUUUCAAACCACUGACCGACUCGUUGAAAUAGUGAAUUCUAGUAAACAAAACAAAUCCAUAGGAUGUUACAUAACCUCAAACGAUUGGCUGUGUUUAGGAUAGGAGUUUUUGGCGCGAAUGCCGACCACCAGACGAACGAAUUGGGCAAAUCAGUAUUGAUUCGAACAAUAGCAAGCUAUGCGUCGGGAUUGAUCAAGUGUUGGCAAUGCGGCAAUGAAAAUUCGUCGGCUGGCAUCCAAUUCAAAUGUACCAAAUGUCAAAGUCUACUUGAACUGCCAGACGAUGUGGAUAAUUUCCAACUGCUGAGGGUGGAUAAGAGAUUUGAUAUUGACACCAAAACACUGACCCACCAAUUUCGACAGAUUCAGAACGUGCUACACCCGGACAAAUUCAGCAAUAGUUCAGAGAAGGAGCAAAACUUGUCAGCCGAAUGGAGCUCACUGGUCAAUAAAGCCUACAAAAUACUGUUGUCGCCCAUUCAACGAGCCGAAUACUUACUAAAAUCGUACAACGUUCAAAUCCCCGAAGGCAACACGGCCGCCAACUCAGAGUUUCUCAUGGAAAUGAUGGAACGGAAUGAAGAGGUUGAUGCGGCCAAAACCGAGAGCGAUCUACUGCGACUGUUGACAGCCGUGCAAAAAGACUGUCAAAUUUGCAUCGACAAACUGGAAAUAUCGUUGUCGGCCAACAAUUUGGCAGAGGCUAAGGAACAGCUAAUUGUUCUUCGUUAUUUAUUGAGUUUAGAGAAUAGUAUCAAAGAGAAAGGCAAUAGCCUUGGCAUCGUGUUGUAACAUAGUCCACCUAAUAAAAUACUCGUUCAAUUAAAAGACAAA